AGUUCCCAAGGAAGUGCUUUCAAGGAAAAGACAAUUUCUUUUUCUUUAAAUUUUGCCAUUGUAUGUUCAAAGUGGGGUUUUCUUCGCGUAUUUGUGGUGUUGUUUUUUCAUGUUCUUUUGGGUUUUGGCCUUCUUCCUUUUUUCCCCCUUUGAAACUGAUGAAAAAAAAAAGUUCCUUUUCUGAGCGCUCUGUGUUCAAUUCAGGAGCUUUGUAAUGGCAGCCUUGCAGACUUUAUUCCUUUUUAUUGAGAUAGAUUUUUAUAAAAGAAAACGAAUCUUAGAACGGUUUUCUUUUUGGUCUCUGUAGUCUCUUUUUUUUCUUUUAUUAUUCAGCAAAAUGGUGAGCUUUUUUUUUUUGGUUUUAUAAGCUGCUGUGGAUCUUGUCUUGAGGGUACUUUGAACAGUUUGAACAUUUUUUCUUAGCUGAAAGAGUGUUUUCCUAGAAAAUGUUUUCCUGAGAAACAACCGAGUCAGCAGUCAAUCUUGUGUUUUGGACCAAGAUAAACAAAAAAGAAAAAAAAAGGUUUGAGUGGCAUUUGAAAUCAUUUUUUCCAUGUUGUUCUUAAUAUUCAACCCCCACGUUUUGUUUUUACAUUUCAUGCCCUCAUUUCACGGCAACAAUGGAGGGAGAAAUCUCACUUGCUAGAUUACAGUAAUGCCCCUUUUGGAGUGUCGAAAUGCAAUCCAUAAAGAAAACAUGAAAAAAAAGGGUACUUUUAUGUAAAUUGUCUGUUUCCAUCCCUGAAGCUGUAGGGUCCCUUGUGACUAUAAUAAUGUCUCAUGGACCAUAAACAAAAGUUGGGUCUUGGGGUAGCAUUGAAUGCGGUAAAGAUGAAGGGUAGCUGUUACUGUCUGGUUAAUUAGUGGAUAACUUAUGCUUUUACCUUUUUCCUUGAAGAUAUUCUUUGGUUUGCCAUAUAUUUUAUGCCCUUGUGGUUUCAUAUAUGUGAUGAUAAGGAGCACUUGGUCUUUCAUAUGAGCUCAUUAAAUCUUGUGUUUUUUUAACCCACAUUUGCAUUGAAUUCUUCUGUCGCUGCUCGUGAUAAUUUUCCGAUCUGUUAUUGCAGGCGUUGUGGGUCAGGGAAGCAUUGAAGUGGUGUAGGAUAAAUAAACUUGUUUUCUUUCAUAACUUUGUGUAGGGAUAAUAUUCUUGAAAUUAUGCAGACACCAAAAUCAAGAAAUGGAUCUUCAGAAGGGCCACAAAGGGUCUCUCAUCGAGCUGUUCGUCAACUCAAACCAACCACACUAGACACUGAGGCUGCCUCGACUCCAAGUUCAACUAGUAGAACUUCGAAAGAGAAAAGCCCUAAAGUUGUUGAGCGUCGUUCACCUAGAAGCCCGGCCUCUGAGAAGAAGCGCCCGAGCAGAAUAUCUGAACUGGAAGUACAGAAUUCACAGCUUCAAGAAGAACUAAAGAAAUCAAAGGAUCAGUUAAGUUCAUCCGAAUCAUGCAGGAAGCAAGUUGAGCAAGAUGCUGAAGAGUCAAAGAAGCAACUGUUGGCCUUGUCUGCAAAGUUCGAGGAGUCCCAAAAGCAGCUACUUGAGCUGUCUGUUUGCAAGGAAACUCAUGUUGUCGAGCUCCAUAAGAUCUCAGAAGAACGGGAUCAAGCAUGGCAGUCAGAGCUCAAAGCUAUACAGAGGCAGCAGUCUCUUGACUCAGCUGCUCUGGUCUCAGCUGUGAAUGAGAUUCAGCGACUUAAGGAUCAGCUUGAAAAGGUGACUGAAUCCGAGGCUGCACAGACCCAGCUAGCAGAAUCAGCUCAUUUGGAGCUUCAGAGCUUGAAAGGAAACCUGGUUGAAACUCAAUCCCUUGUAGAGAACAUGAAGAAACAGCUUAAGGAUAGCCAAGAAUCGGAAGCUCAGGCCCAAGCAGUGGCAAAUGAGACUCUGCUACAACUAGAAGCUGCAAAAAAGACUGUUGAAGCACUUAGGUCAGAAGGCAUGAAGGCCGUUGAAGCUUACAACUCCAUUGCUUUUGACUUAGACCAAUCAAGGAAACGUGUUUAUUCACUUGAAGGACUUGUUCACAAACUGAAGGCAGAAAUGACUGAUUCUGGUGGCAGCCUCUCUAUUGAGUCCGAUGGUUACUGUAUUGCUGUUGAGCAUCAAGCUGGAGAAAGUGAGAAACCCGAGCAAUCUCACCAGCUUGAAGCAGAGAUAUUUUCUUUGAAGUCUGAGGUGGCGUGUUUAAGAUCUGCUCUCGAAACUGCUGAGAUUAAAUGCCAUGAAGAAGAAACCCUAAACACCGAACAGAUAAAGAGUGCGAAUGAACUGGUUGAGCAGAUAAAAUCUGAAGCAAGCUUGAAAGAGGCAGAGUUAUUAGCUGAAUUACAGAAAGCAAACUUCAAUAUUGCUGACUUGAAGGCUAAUCUGAUGGAUAAGGAAACUGAGUUGCAGUGUAUCUCAGAGGAAAAUGAAGAGCUUCACAUGAAACUUGAGAAAAACCUGUCUCGCCAGCGAGAAUUAGAACUUGAAAAAGAGCUAAAGUUACUGAAUGAAGCUAUUGUUGACCUGAAGGCAAAUAUGAUGGACAAAGAGACAGAACUUCAAAACAUAUCGGAAGAGAACGAGAUGCUGAGGCUGGAAAUCAGUAAAAGGGACAUGGACAAAGGUAAAACAAAUGAUAAAGUGGCUGCUGAGCUAGACGAGGCGAGGGUUGCCGAGCGAGAAGCUAUUAUGAAGCUUGGGCUUGCAAUGGAGGAGGCAGAUAAGAAUAACAGGAGAGCUGCCAGGGUGACUGAGCAGCUCGAGGCUGCACAGACUGCCAAUUCAGAAAUGGAAGCAGAGCUGAGAAGGUUAAAGGUGCAAUCUGACCAGUGGCGCAAGGCUGCAGAAGCAGCUGCUUCAAUGCUUUCGGCAGGUAAUAAUGGGAAGUUCAUGGAGAGAACUGGUUCACUUGAUAGCAACUAUAAUCCAGUUAAGGGAAAAGUUGGCUCACCUUAUGCCGAAGAUAGUGAUGAGGAAUUGCUGAAGAAGAAAAAUGGGAACAUGCUGAAAAAGAUUGGGGUGUUGUGGAAGAAGCCACAGAAAUAGGCAACAAUGAGGAAUGCCCUACCAAAGUUGCACUGAUUCCAUGUUUUACUAUCUUAUUAUCUCUCUCUAACACCUUAUUUGGACAGAUACUUGGGUUACUCGAACCAAGAGUCUUCUUGCUGUGUUGUUCACAACCACCACUAUUUUAAAGCUUUGUAGUUAGGUCAUGACGAUGGCUGAACACCGGUGACAGCAUAUUUUCUCUUUUUUCUUUUCUUUUUUUGUUGAUAUAAAAUGUGGGGUGUCAUCACCUUGACAGUGUAAGUUUGGAUUCGGAUUCCAUGGUUGUUCUGUUAAGCUGCUUGCGUAUGGCCUUCACUAAUCAGCUGCCAAGUGCUAACAUGAUUUAUGGUUUGUUUUUACCUUCCUGCCAUAGAUUGGAGCAAUUAUUUAUAGUAUGAGUAUGAAUUUAAUACAAAUAUGAACAUUUUCAAAA